CAGGGCUGUACAUCUGUGCAGCUCUAGCCUUUCAAGUACCCCAUGACUUUGAAGCAGAGGCAGCACCUACCUGGAGGCUCUAUUAUCCACAGAGGCAGGCGUUUGUUGGAGUGAUGAAUAGGUAGCUGGGAGUUGUGCCACAGCCACCGGCUUCUGAGUUCAGUAGAUGAUGCUCUUUGCUUGAAGACAGACAGCCCCGACGGAGACAGAAGAAGAAGGUUCCGCUUGCUUGGGGAAGAAUUGAUGGACGCUUUCCAGCUCCAGGACGUUGCAUCCGUUGGGGUGCGUUGAACAUGGCUACCAAGGACGCAUGAAUGGUGGAUCCUGACUUCUCUCGUCCCCGUGAAGGUGCUGCAGUCCAAUGGAAGCAACGACGCGAGUUCGCGCGAUGCCGUCUGUGGCGGAUGCUGCCAUCAACACGAUUUCGGGACCCUCCGGUGCAUUGAAAUCAAAGCCUCCGCCACAGGGCGGCACUCUCCAACCCCCUGCGAAGUUCCAUUCAGGUGGCGGAAUCCCAGGUUUGGCUCAUGAACCCCAGGGUUUGAGCUCCGAACCGCGCAGGUUAAGGGCGUCUGGAGAGAUGCCUAACGAAGGGUUUCAGCCGGUUGGGAGUCGGUUGCGAGCGAUUCGGAAGCGGGAUCGUCAGGAUGAUCUCGAGCCUCCAUCUUUCUCACUGGGGAUUGGGGAGGUCGCGGAGAUGCCUUCGUUCGAUCUGGGGAUUGACUCAGAUGGGGAACCAAACGGUUCCGAGGGUCUUGGGUUGAGGGAUUCGAAGGGGUUGCAGAAGUCGAGUGCGGUUGAGGACAAAAGUUUGAGGAACCUGCGAGGGCCGCAAAAGGGUGCAGACGGGAUGGCGGGGCGUGGUUUGGGACAAGGACAAAGGGGGGGAUCAGAGCGACAUGAUGAGCUACAAGAUGGCAAGGUACGGCCCCGAGAGUCUGAAGAAAGGGCGCAGUUUGACAGGAGAGCUUCGUAUGCGGCAGGAAGGCGAUUAACCCCUGAUAGAACCCCGUCGGAGGCUGCGGCUAAGUCGAGGAACCGACUUCAAAAAGUCUCGUCUGGCGCCUCUGAGAGGGAAGUCCAAGCCGCCGCGCCUAGUCCCCGCGUCGCUCAAUCUCCAGACAAACCGGGAGGCGCUUUUGCUGACUCAGACGAGGAAGACCAGGCCCUUCUUAGCAUCGACUUUCGAAGCGCAGGCAAGAGACGAGCAUCCAACGGGCUAACUCCAAUCAGGAAACAGGUUUCUGAGGCAGGUCAGGGACUUGGGUUAGGUGGCUGGAGAGGAAAAGGGGCUGCGCGUGAGAGUGUGGACAGAGUGCCGGUUAGUGAUGCGGCGGCAGCACAGACACCACGAGAGGCGGAGCUUAGGAGAGCAGGUAACCUGACAACAGAACUUGAGCCUAGGUCAGGCAAGGUUCCAAGUCGAGUUGACACCGAACCAGCGCAGGGGUCUGAGCAGCAGCAUCCAGACGCCGGGCGGUGUCAAAGUUCUGCCAAGCUCCCUUCAGACGGUGUUCGGACCCCCCCUUCGGGGUUGAUGCAGAAGCGGAACGGGCUGGAGAUGGGCUCGCUAGGGGAGCGGAAGCGUGUUAACUCGAGCGGAGUGUCGGAUGGGCUUGAGGUUUUGUUGAAACGAAGCUCGGGCGUUGCUUUGGGGGCCAGUCUUGAAGAAAGAUUGGGCGAGAAAGGCGCGAGGAAAGAAGAGAGCAAGUUCGGUGGGAGGGACUUCGUCCCGGAUUCAGAGGACGACGAGAUCGAGGACGUUUCGUCUCCAGAAGCAAAGAAAGUGCCAGUUGGCCCUGUUUCUGGCAAACGAAGGGUCACCCUCGGCUCCGCACAUCUGCGCCAGGACCAGCCUCGGGCGAAUCACACAACGCCACGUGGCCAAACAAUAACCACUCCAAUCGGUCCUGAGGCCCGCGUUCUGAGGACCCCACUAGAUGGGGAGAAACAGGAGCCUCUUUCCAGACAAAUGCAAAACUCGAAGGGAGACGAACUAGGCAUGGACAAAUGGCCAGGAGACGCGGAGCUUGGCGUGAAGAGUGCGAAAAAGCUGUCGGGGGAGGGAAGCGGGGGAUCAGCUUCAGGGAGAAAGAGCUCCUUGCUGUCCGGGUUGAGAAAGCGGAAGUCAGACGAGAACGGCGGCGGUUGGUCUGAAUGGCCCGCGAACGCAUUCGGGGGCUUAGGGGUGGACGAAUCUGGCAGAAGUGGAAAGGAGAACGGAAUUGGAACUGGAGAAGGGAGGAGGAACCAGAACGGAAACGGAACCCAAUUCGGCUCGGAAGAAGACGGCAUGGGGGCCAGACGGCCAGUUCCGCCGGAUCUUGAAAAUGGACGGAAGGGAGGGUUAGUGGAUAACCCGGCCGCAAAGGUGAAGGGUUCCAGUCCUAGUUGGAAUGUGAGGGAGGCAAAGAAAGGGAAACGGUGGUCGGGAUUCGGGGCUGCGGAGGAGACCAGUGCUGGCUUUGCCGGUUUUGGAACCACUUCGGAGCGGACUUACCCGGCGUUCGGGGCAGCGGCGGGGGGUUUCGGAACCGGUUCCGAACGGACCUACCCGCCUUUCGGGGCGACAACAGGUAGCGAUAACCCGGGUUUUGAGAAGGGUUUCGAGCGGAGUUACCCGCCCUUUGGGGGUUUGCGUAGAGAGGGUCCGUCAGGCCGGGAGCGUGACGGUUUUGCAGAAGACGCGGAAGGUCUUGGCGGAUUUGGGGAAGGGUUCAAGGGUUUCGGGGGCGCCUCUCGAGGGGUGUCGAGCGCGGGCGGUGAUGAAAGGGCGGAACGGGACAGAGGUUCGAGGCGUCCCUGGAGUCCUCCCCCUCCGGACUUCGGUUCGCUAGAAGACGACGAAGAUACCUGGGGAGGGGGAGCCACAGGAUCGGGGAUUGGGAGCAGAGCGGAACGGAAUGCGGAGUGGGGUGGCGGAACGGAAGCUGGGAACGGUACGGAACGGGCGGACGGGACGGAAUCGGCGCACGGAAUGGCGGCGGCGGAGAACGGAACGGAUUGGGAGAGAAGGCCCAAUUGGGGCGAGGAUCUGGAUGCGAACGGACUUGACGCGGACGGAUUGGGACAGGGCGGCACGAGAGAGGGCGGACCUGGAGCGGACGGAAGCGGAGCGAGCGGAACCGGGGCAGCGGAACAGGAGGCCGUUGUGCGGUUGCUGCGGGAGAGGCUGCCGCACUAUAAGCCGCUGGAUAUGCUGAUGCGAGAGGGCGGGUUUGACAAUGAACCAAUCUUCAUUGAUUACAGAAACCAAUUCGCCGACAUACCUGCGGGAGGCGGCGGCACCUCCCGUAGCUACGGCGGCAAGAAGUCCAGCAGCGGACGCCGCCCUGCGAAGCCUGCGGGGCCCGUUCACACCGGCGGUUCACAGGAGAAGGGCCACUGGACAACCAUCGGCGGCAAGAAGGUGUACGUCAACAAGACGGGAAAGACGCUCGAAGGUCGCGCCGCGUACCGGAGCCAUCUGAAGGAUAGCGGUGCCCAACCCAAAAAGAAGAGGAAAAAGGCUCGACGAAAAGGAGCUAGCAAGAAGCGGUAACAGGUUGAAGUUCUUAUCCUCGUAACCUGUUCUGCUGGCCCGUCCACUGCGUAAACAUACUGAAGGUCGAUCUGAAAGAAACGGCCAGCGAGCACCGAGCGGUAACGAGUUGAAGUUAUGCUUAGUUGCGUUGCUGAAAGAUGCUGUAGUUACUGCAAUCGCUGGCCCCUUGUCAGUGUAACCAUCUGAUUCAUGUAUUGAGGUCUGCCUCGCACAGGGCUGCCAGGCGAAUCUUUCCGUUAUUGGCAC